GAAGAGAAAGACGUUCUCCAAAAAUGAAGAGAACUAGUGAAUGAUUUCGACACACAGAUAAACUGUUGCCUUUAGUUCCAAUAUGGCAACUUGGCUUUUUUUUUUUGCAACGGUUGCUUCUUGGUUAUUAUUGCCUAUAGUUUUUGAAAUCCGAAACCAAGAAGCAAAUAAAAGAACCUGUGAGACCAUGACUACCUUCACUCCAGAGGACUUUGGCUUCACCUUGCUGGAGGAUGGGACUUCUGUCCAGGACGUCAUCGAUCAGAAGAUCGACAUGUUGCGUGUGGAGGAGUACAAAGAGGCCUUCUUUGUGGCGGACCUGGGGGAGGUGGUGAGGAGGUACCUGUUGUGGGUACGUGAGAUACCUCGAGUCACGCCCUUCUACGCCGUUAAGUGCAAUGACAGCCCUCCCAUUGUCAAGACCCUUGCGGCCCUGCAGACGGGGUUCGACUGCGCCAGCAAGUAUGAGAUGCAUCUCAUAACGUCUCUUGGGGUGGACCCCAGCAGGAUCAUCUAUGCCAACACCAUCAAGCAGCCCUCCCACCUCAAAUACGCUGUUGCCCAUGGGAUCCAGAAGAUGACCUUUGACAACGAGGCAGAGCUUGUUAAGAUCGCCCAAUGCUGUGUAAAUCCCAAGCUGGUCCUCCGCAUUACUGUGGAUGACACACAUUCCAUUUUCUCAAUGAGCACCAAGUUCGGUGCAAGGCUGGAGACAUGCCCGGCACUCCUGAAACGUGCGCAGGAGCUGGGCCUGGACGUCAUCGGGGUCAGCUUCCACGUGGGCAGCUACUGUAUGGAUCCUGUGGACUACACGAAGGCCAUCGAAAAUGCCAAAGGCAUCUUUGACCUGGCGGCAACGAUUGGCUACAAAAUGACCUUCCUGGACAUUGGUGGAGGAUACCCUGGGUUUGACAUUCCCAAUGUUCUUAACUUUAAAAAGUUUGCCGUUGAAAUAAAUCUCGCUCUGGACAAGUACUUCCCCGUCAGCUCCGAAGUCCAAAUAAUCAGUGAGCCGGGCCGCUACUUCCCAUCGACAGCCUACACGCUGGCUGUCAAUGUCGUCAGUAAGAGGGUGGACAUUAAGAAGUCCAGUGAUGACAAAGAUGACGGGGCCAAGGAGAAGAUCGUUAAUUACUUUGUGAAUGAUGGGAUCCACUCUUCAUUUAGAUUAGUCAUUUUCCACGAUACCUACGUCCUGCCAAGUGCACAAAAGAAAAGCAAGCCAGGUGAGUGCGUCUACCCCAGCACCAUCUACGGCCAGACCUGUGAUGGGCAUGACCUCAUUGUGGAAGAAUACAACCUGCCGGAUAUACAGGCAACAGCUUCAGAAGAUCUCUGCUGCUAAGGGGGACCAAGCCCAGCUUCAAGCGAUCUGUCUCAACGCUGACUUGGAUGCUGACUGCCCAGUGAUGCCUGGCCCCACCCGCAAGUGGAGAGCUAAAGGGAGGGAGGGGAAGUAGAGAGGGUGAGAGGCAAGAUGUGCAUCUUAAUCCUUUCUUGAUGGUGUAGGGUGUGGAUUUUCUUUUUGAUUAAUUGGAGAAAUACUUACAGAUAAUUAAUGAUUCAAAGACAAAGCAUAUGAUAAUCAUACAAACUACAAACCUGCAUGACUUACUUCAUUCAGCCUUUGGCUCCUCUAAGAAGCCAUGAGCCAUUGAUGAAUGUCCUCCA